AUGAAGGGGUUUAUCCGGCAACUCGCCAGCCUCAUCUACAAAAACCUACUCGUCUCCAUCGCAAGACGGCCGCUCGGCUUCCUCCUCUCUGUCUACGGAUUUCCACUUGCUAUACUGGGUCUUCUCCUCGCCAUCCCCUCGUUUCUCCCGCAGCUCAACACGUUUGGCGUGUCGACCGCCGAGCCCAUCAAGCCGCUCGCCUCGACCGUCACCCGCAAGCUUGUCAUUGUCAAGCGACCCGACUUGGGCCACGAUGUCGACGCGGUGAUUCGCACCUUUACCCAGCCCGUCCAAAGGGACCUUUUGGUUUUCCACGACGACGAGGCGUCACUGCCGUCGGUGUGCCUCCCCGACACCCGCGGAGUCAGCGACUGCCACGCCAUUGUCAUCUUCAAGGACUCGCCGUUGACCACGUCCGAGGCACGUCUGGCCAAUCCUCCCAAUGGAAAUCAUACAUGGACGUACACGAUACAGGCGGAUCCCGCGCGGGACAACCGCAACUUCGACAUCAAAAAACACAAGAGUGAUCAGGAGGACUUGUAUAUGCCGCUGCAGCUUGCCAUCAACAAUGCCAUUACCAACUCGACCAUUGUCCCGGAAACCGUCAUGUUCACGCCCCAGGAGGAGGCCAACGAGGACCAAAAAAACUUCAACUCCAACGCUGCCCUCAUCGGCAGAAUUUACACAUUUGCGCUCAUCGCGGCCCACUUCACCAUCAUAUACGGCCUGGCGAGCUUCAUCACCUCGGAGCGGGAAUCGGGCAUGUCCCAGCUCAUCGACUCGAUGGGCGGCGGCACCGCCAUUAUAGCCCGCGUCCUGAGCUGGCUGCUCACCCUCGACCUGGUUGCUCUGCCGUGCUACAUUGCCAUGGGCGCAUUGUAUCAGCGCCUGGCGUUCCCCAGCUCGAGCGCCGGCACACUCAUCGGUUGGCAGAUACUGCUCGGCUUUGCCGUCAACAGCUCGACGGCCUUUGCCUCGGCCUUCUUCUCCAAGUCGCGCGUGUCCGCCGUGUAUAUCAUCUUUGUGUUUCUCGUCCUGUCCAUUGCCGCGCAGAUGUACGCCUCGGAGUCCCGGCCGCACCCUCAGCAUGCGACGGUGGCGGCGCUCUCGUUUCUGUUCCCCAGCGCCAACAGCGUCUACUUUACCCAGCAAAUGGCCCUGUGGCAGCUGGCCGGCCUUGCAGCAGACCUUGGCAAGAUGCCCGCCGAGACGGCCGGGCUCUUCUCUACCUCGUACGCGGUCAGCCAGAGCAGCCUGUUGCUUUUCCUGGGCCUCAGUGUGUUCAUCUAUGCCGCGGCUGCCGUUGGGGUCGAGAAGAUGCUCCACGGCAUCCAUUAUCGAAAGAGACGGUUUACUCCGCGGCCAUCGAUGGACUCGACGGGCGCCGUGGUGCAGACUCACGAUUUGAAGAAGCGGUUCAAACCUAGUUUGUGGUCGCGGAUAUGCUGCUGCUGCUGCUUUUGCGGUAGGAAGAAGACGGUCGCGGCCGUAGACGGCAUCAGCUUCGAAGCGCAAAGGGGCCAGAUCAUGUGCCUGGUCGGGCCCAACGGGUCGGGCAAGACGACAACCCUCCACAUCAUGUCCGGCUUCAUCAACCCGACCGAAGGGUCAGUCGCGCUGGAAGCCGCGCCGUCGCAGGUCGGCAUCUGCCCGCAGCGCAACACCCUGUGGGACAGCCUGACGGUCGGGGAGCACGUCCGCAUCUGGAACGGCAUCAAGUCUGGCAGUCGGUCGAGCGAGGAGCUGGAGCAGCUGAUCGGGCAGUGCGACCUCUCCCCCAAGCGCGGGUUCAAGGCGCGGGAGCUCAGCGGCGGCCAGAAGCGCAAGCUGCAGCUGGCCUGCAUGUUUGUCGGCGACUCGUCCGUGUGCUUGAUUGACGAGUGUACGUCCGGGCUGGAUCCCCUUUCGCGGAGGGCCAUCUGGGAGAUUCUCCUGCAGCAGCGGGCCAGGCGCAGCAUCAUAUUCACGACGCACUUCCUCGACGAGGUCGACAUUCUCGCCGACCACAUCGUCCUCCUCGCCGGCGGCAAGAUCAAGUGCCAGGGCGCGCCGGCGCAGCUGAAAAGCCAGCACGGUGGCGGGUAUAAAGUCCUUGUUCCUCCCUCCGCGCCUGAUCUGGGCCACGGAUACCCCCCUACGACGCACCAAGACAGGACCAUGUACGCGGUUCCCGACUCGGCAGCGGCCUCGCGCCUGGUAUCCAUGUAUCUGGGCGCGGGGGUGCGCGACGUUGCGAUUUCGGGGCCGCAGUUUGAGGACGUGUUCCUGAACCUCCUCCAAGACGAUGUCGCCCUCGACCCGUCCAAGAGCUUGGCAAACGUCGACCCGUACUUUAGCAUGAGCCCGGGGACGACGACGUCUUCAUGGACCCAGUUUCGCGUUCUCUACGGGAAGCGCUGGAACGUGCUGACUAGAUUCUGGAGUCCGUACCUGUUCGCCGUCAUUGUGCCGCUCGCGGUUACGUUUCUGGCCGGGGGCAUCAUCAAAGACUACAGCCCCCCCGGCUGUGACGCGCUGCAGGAUACCUUUCGCAUGGACUACGCGGGGUUGAAGUGGAACGAAUCGUGUCCGCAGUCGGGGACGUGCGACCGGCUUUCUAUUUCGCCGAGCCAGGCCAACGCGACGCUCUUUUCUCUGGUGAGGAACGGCUACCGGGAGCUGUCUACUGUAAGCGCCAAGGCAUACAGCGAGUUUGCCGACGUGCAGACGUCGCGAGAUGAUGUGCUCAAGCACAUUGAGCAGAAUAAGACGGCCGCCGGGUACGGCGGCAUCUUUGCCGGAACGUCUACGGAAGCGCCCAUGAUUGCGUACCGGAUCUUGACGUUUGGCGACCAGUCCGGCUCCCAACUCCUGGAUAUCUGGAGCCAGAUGCAGGGAGGGCUGGAAAUCAACUCCUCCCAAGAGUCCAUGCCCAAGACGCGCAGGGCCGCGGACGUCGGGGGCGUCGCGUACCUCCUCUUCUUUACCUUUGUGCAAAUAUUCUACCCUGCAAGCUUUGUUCUGUACCCGGCCAUUGAGAAAUCGCGCAAGGUCAGGGCAGUGCAGUACGCAAACGGGGUUCGGCGAGCGCCCCUUUGGGCCGCCUAUGCUGCCUUUGACUUCCUCUGGGUUCUCAUCGUCUCGGUGGGCGUCAUGGGCCUGAGCGCCUUGAAGCUCAACUUCAACGGUCCCAUGCUCAUCCUGUUGCCGACUCUGGCGCUGUACGGGGUUGCCGCCACGCUGAUGGGAUAUGUUGUUGCGCACUUUACAGACGGGCCCCUCAAGUCAUACUUGGCGACUCUGGGGAUCGGCUUCCUUUCGUGGAUUGUAGUAGCGAUUGCGACGCUGGUUAAUGACAGCCCAUCGAGCCUGACCGCCAUCGCAUUUGGCGCCGACCUCUUCUUACCCAUUGGAAACAUCUUCAGGACGCUUCUGGUCGGGCUGAACUUGAAGGAGGCGGGCUGCAAAGACGGAAGGCCCGUAGAGGUAGGGACCAUCUACAGCUUCGGCGGCCCGCUGCUGUACCUCUUCUUGCAGAUCUUUGCGCUUCUCAUCAUCAUUACGUGGUUGGAAGGCGGCUUUCCGUCCCUCGGCUCCUGGCGGUACAGCCGUGUCUCGAAUCCGCAUAGGUUCUCGGACGUGGAACUGGCCGACAUUUCCGCGUAUGAAGCGCAGCUUGGGGGCGACCCGGUAUCGGAGGAGGCGUCGCGCGCGGAGAGGACGGAGACGGACCUCCUACGGGUGCUGCACGCCAGCAAACACUUUGGCUCGAACAAGGCCGUGGAUGAUGUUACUUUCGGCCUGCCUCGAAGCGACGUCAUGGCCCUGUUGGGUCCCAACGGUGCCGGCAAAUCCACCCUGGUCAACAUGAUACAGGGCGAAUUCUCACCAAGCCAGGGCAAGAUGCUGCUUUGCCAGGAAGACAGCCGUUCCCCCUCGUCCAAGAAACAUUUGGGAGUCUGCCCUCAAUAUGACGCGCCCGACCUGAUGAACACGCGCGACCAUUUGUACUUUUACGGCCGUAUCAAGGGGAUACAAAAGGUCAAGGAGAAUGUCGAGUACCUCAUGGCCAAGCUCGACCUCACGCGCCACGCGCGAACCCAAGCCUCCAAGCUCUCGGGGGGUAAUAAAAGAAAGCUCAUGCUGGCUCUGGCGCUGAUGGGCACCCCAUCCAUCCUCGUGCUAGACGAGCCAACAUCGGCCAUGGACGCGGUGGCAAAGCGCCAGUUCUGGAAAGUGAUCCAGGAGAUUGCCAAAGAUCGCUCUGUCCUCCUCACGACACAUAGCAUGGAGGAAGCCGACGCCCUCUGCACACGCACCGUCAUCAUGGCGCGCCGGAUCCUGGCCAUCGGGACCACGCAGGCGCUGCGUCAGCGGUACAACAACGAGUACUUUGUCAAUCUUGUUCUCGGGUCCGCGCCGAAAUCAACGGCAGCCGAGAUGGGGCAGGUGACGGAGUGGGUGAGGCGCGCGGCGCCAGACGCCCGGUUCGAGCGCGAGGUGCUCGGCGGCCAGGUCCGCUUCACGCUGCCGACGGCCGUGAACGACGGGGGGAGCACGGGCGGGCUGCCGAUCGCGCGACUCAUGGAGGCGCUGGAGCAGAGCAAGCGGGCCUUGGGGAUAGAGCACUACUCCGUCAGCGGGCCGACGCUCGAGGACGUGUUCCUGAGCGUGGUCAGGGAGAACAAUGUCGAGGAGGAGAAUGGCGCGGAGAAGAAGAGGGCGCUGCUGGACGUGAGCCGUGUGAGGGUGCGGUUUCCCGGAAAGGGGAGAGCCUGGUGCCGCCUGUAG